AUGAGGACCGCGAACUUGGCAGUCCUCAUCUCGAGCCUUGCACCUCUGGUACUUGCUGCUCAACAGCCCUAUGACGUCCACAAAAUCAUCGAUGCUUUCCGCAGACCCCAUGAAGAUCUAACCAUUCUCUGUGCCCACCGAGGACUUCGAUGGAACGGCACCGCCGACAAUUCAUAUGACGCCUACUACAGAGCGUCCGAAGCAGGUCUAGAGUGCAUCGAGACCGACAUCCGUGUCUCAAGUGACGGCUACCUCCCUAUGAUUCACGAUUCUGGACUGGGUCGUGAAACCAACGUGGGAGAAGUCGAGGGCCAGGCUGCUUACAACCCGUUCACCGGACAGGGCCACAACCCCAAGGUUGAGGACAGCGCCUACAGUGGCUUCAUUGAGGAUCUGCACCUUCGUGACGAAGCUGGCCGGGUCAGGGGCGAGACCGUACCCACUCUACCAGGAAUGGUACAGUACAUCCACGAUGUUGGCAUGAACGUAGUCCUGCAACUCGAUUUCAAGGACGAGGCCGGAGUUGAGAUAGCAUACUGGCAGCUCAAGAACCUCACCAACGCCGCGGGUGUGCCUGCCAACGAGUGGUGUAUCUACAAGCUGCAGGCAAACUGGUACCGGACACCAGAAGAAUUUGAAGCGUUGGCUUGGGUCCAAGACGCCUUCGCAAGCGGCAUUCAACUCGCCUAUAUUCCUGUCUACAACUCUGGUGACAUGGAGGAAUGGGAUGUCCUAGCUUCGAUGAAGGCAUUCGCAAAGACAAACUACACCAUCAGCGCCGAGAUUAACAUGAAGUCCACGGACGGGCCGCUGCGACCAUUGAAAGACUGGGUCGAGGACGAAGCAUCCGACGACGCCGCCUUCCGCACUUCGGGCAUUUUCUUCGCGAUAGGCGACUUCGUGGACCCCAUCACCUCGCCCAGAACCUAUUUCGACACGGCCAACUACACGCUCCCCGACGACAUCCGCACCAACAACUCCGCCUUCUCGUACCAAGACGGCCGAGCGCCGCGACUCUACGACGCAAUGGUCAGCGAAGACGAGUCUCCCGACGGACACGACUACCGCACCGACUUCGGCUGGAUCAUUGGCAACGCCUUCGACUGGGUGAUUGCCGACGCUACCGACGAGCUCGCGGCCAUGCUCGCCAUGGAUGGAAAGCGGAAUGUGCAGCACCUUCUUGCGAAGGGGGAGGCGGCGGCGGAUGAGCAGUUGGCGCUUGGAUGGUAUAAGAAGGCCAGACGACGUGCUCGGGAGUUUCAGUAA